CGGAGCUAAUUCAUCGAACUUCUUAGCAGAGACAAGUUUCGUGCGAUCUUUCCAAUCCCGCCGAUCUGUACGCUACAUUCCACAAUAAAUCUGCAGCGUGAUUAAAGAAGGAUUUGGAAGAAGAGCUGAGAAAGCACAGGUUAACCAACAAGAUAUUUAGGCAGCCGCUGACCAAGCAACUAAAUGCGCUAGUACUAGUUAGCAUUAGCUCCAAAAUGGCUAACGCGCGCUUCCAAAUUAAUAGCAGUGAAAACCUGUUUUAAGGUGAUUUUAUUCAUUUACACUAACGCAUAUUACUUUAGUCUUUACCAGUGCGUGCGUGUUACUUGUGAUCGCUGCUUGCUGCGCGUAAACACUCCCAAUUAAUCAUUAAAAAACAGGUUUGCGCUGAGCUAACAAGCGAGCUAAUGCUAAGACCAUUGUUUUGCUCGGCUAACGCGCAUCACUCCAGAAAGUGAAAUAAAACAAUCAGAUGGCGAUUUUGACGCCGCGCAACGAACACGGUGGUAGAUCUGACUCGUGCACGUCUGUUUCACUUACUUGAAACAAAAAUGUACUCCAGCUCGGCUCCAUUGCGAGAGUUAAAGGCUAAAAUCUGCAGGAAACCAACAAGGACCUAAAACAAAGCAGCUAAACAUGGCAGAUACGACUUCCGGUGACGCUCAUGGCGCAACUGUGCGUGCAGUGGGGCGGUGCCAAAGAGACAGCAGCGGGAAUCCAACCCACAACCAGGGCCCGUGUGAGGGUGAAGGUGUCCGGGCUGCCCCUCCCUCUCCUCCUCUCUAAUAGGCCUCAUGCAGAGAAUGUGACCGAGUGAAUCAUCUCAAGGCCAGAUCGUCACAGACACAGACUCAGGAGCAGCACACUUUUACACCAGUGGAUUUUAACUUCCUGAACCAACAACGUCUCUGGCUGGUGGUUCACUUUAGGUCAGAAAGGUGAAGAGGUCGUGGUUGACUUUGGGUUGGCUUCACCAUUGCACCCCACAUCAUUAUGACCUCUAAGUCGUGCAGCCUGGCGGUUCUGGGGGGAAAGCAGUCUCUCCUGUCCCGUGCGACCUGCCAGAGGCUGGUCAGUAAAAAUGGCCAUUGCUCUCUGGGCUCCGGAGCCGUGGGGCAGGGCCGCUGGCUGUUGGCGCUGCAGGACAUGUGGGGGCUCAUGUUGGGGCUGCGCUGGAGGUGGGUGGUCCUGGCCUUCUGUCUGUCCUUCCUGUGCCACUGGCUGCUGUUCGCCUGCCUCUGGUACCUCCUGGCUCACUUCAACGGAGACCUGGAUGUCCCGGACCACGAUGCCCCUCCAGAGGGGCACGUGGUGUGUGUCAAGUACAUCAACAGCUUCACUGCAGCGUUCUCCUUUUCUCUGGAGACUCAGCUCACUAUAGGAUACGGCACCAUGUACCCCAGCGGAGACUGUCCCAGUGCUAUUGCUCUGCUGGCGGUGCAGAUGCUGCUGGGGCUCAUGCUGGAGGCCUUCAUCACAGGUGCAUUUGUAGCAAAAAUAGCUCGUCCACAGAAGCGAGCAGGUGCCAUCCAGUUCAGCCCAGAGGCGGUUGUGGGACAGCACCAAGGUCAAACAUGCCUCAUGAUCCGGGCCACCAACCUUCUGCAGCGCCCCCUGGUGGACGUGAGGCUCAGCGCGGUGCUGUAUCAGGACUGUGAGGGGCAGGCCUUACACCAAACAUCUGUGGACUUUUACCUGGACCAGUUAGGAUCCCAGCCCUGUCCCCUGUUCCUCUUCCCCCUCACAUGGUUCCACCCUUUGGAUCACCGCAGCCCACUGUUCCCUGUCCUGUGUGAGAGCUCCACAGCUCACUUUGAGCUGGUGGUGUUCCUGUGGGCGCAGGAGGGCAGUGGGGACAGCUGUCAGAAGAGGACGUCCUACCUGAGGCCGGAGGUGCAGUUUGACCGCAGGUUUGUGCCCGCUCUGGGGGUGGACAGUCACGGGAGGUUCAAAAUCAGCCCUCAGCAUUUCAGCACAGCUCACUCCAAACCUCUAGACAAAGACUGUGUGGUGCAGAUCAACGGGGACGGAAACGACCGGACAGAGUAGGCGGGACUUAAAGGGACUGUUCACUUCUGUUAGCUGUCAAUCAUUAGCUCUUUCAAUGUUGAUCUUGGACUCAGACCUGAAAGUGGACUCAGUGCAAGACUUUUCUUUAUAAUAUUCUGCUGUUUAGUGAAUGAUCUGCUGAGGAUGUCAAAUGGUAGAGUUGUAUAUCUCUGGCAGAUGCUACACUAAAGGCAAAAUGGUACACGACAGGAAAAGGGUGCAGUGCAUUCUCAAAACAGUCACUUUAAUGUAUAACAACUUUAACUAAUGGCCAUAUAUUCCACUGUACUUAUUUUAUAGAGUGAAACAUUUAGCUGCAGGUUUAAAGGUCCUAUAUUAUGCAAAUUUCACUCUUGUGAGUUUUUAGUCACAUUAUAAUGUUGUUACCUCCUCAAAAACAGACCUGGAUUUGUGUUUUGUUUUAGUCUGUCUAUUGCUCCAAAGGCUGUUCCACCUUGUGAUGUCAUGAACCUGUAGUUUUCAACUCAACAGCUACUUUUUACCUUUAGUUCAUCCAAAUAAUUAUAGUGAAGAUGCAUGGAGUUAAAAAAAACACACAGUGGAGCACUUCCUGCGUUACCACAUGACAUCACAAGAUGGUCUUUUCAGUUUGAGGGAAGAAGUCAGCCUAAAUAUGUAAGGUUUGUGUGUUAAACAUAUGUGAAUGAAACAAAACACAACUCCAGGUCUGUUUGUAAUGAGGAAAAAACAUUACGUUUUAAACUCUUUUCUGAUCUAUGUUGAAUAUUAUAAUUAUUAUAACUACUUUUAAUUGAUAAAAUCACAUUUGCAAGACUGGCCAUGUUUCAGAAUGUAUAUCCUUCCCAAAGCAGCUUGGAUAAGUCAGUGAAGUUUCAUUACUUUGCCUACUGCACACUGUUAGACAGGCUGGUGCCAGCUAAUGCCUCCGCUCAAUUUCAUUUCUCUCCAGCAACUAGGUCAGGAAUCAGAAUACACUAAACAGUUGGCAGGAACCCUGGAAGUGUGAGUUCGGGCACCAGCCAAUCAGCGAACAGACAUACAUUCUGUGUUGGCAACGAUUCCAGAGAUCGAGGAUUUAAAGCUGGAACAAAGAGAAUGUUUGCUGAAUUUCAUCAAGGGGAAAGACGUUAUUGUCCUUCUUCCUACAAGAUUUAGGAAAAGAUUAAUAUACCAGUUAGUCUUGUUAUUGGCGCAUUACAUACGUCACGACCAAAUAGCAGCGAUUGGUUAAAUAAAAAAGUACCCACCUACCGUCAAGCAAACAAAUUCUAACGCUGCGAGGUCAGACGGUUUCUGUGAAGUGAAACCAUCUGAUGAAUCAGGCUAUCACACUAUUGAAGUAAUAUUCAAAAUAAAAUAUUCACUCUUUUCCAGACGCACAAACUGUUAUUGUUACUAAAAGAAGUCAUAGCUUUGCAUUGUUCGUAGUGUUUGCAUGCUCCACACAGUCACAGGUCUGUUUCCACUGUUUCAAAAGGAGCUCCUGUCCUGUGUCUGGUGUAAAGGGCAUUUCUUCUGCUAAAGGCGCAGUGGUCAUCUCCUGGACUCUGUAAAGGCUUUAGAGGAGCACAGCCUGUCUCUGAAUGUGGAGAUGCUCUGUUUUGAUUUAUCUCAAAGUAUCACAUCACAGUCUCUUCAUAACACUCCACAUCACUGAGUUCUAAAAGAAACCAUUGAACAAGUGUCUUUUUAUUGUGUAACAUUGUGGACAUACCAACUGUAACCUCGAUUCUUUUUUGGUCUCUACUCCACAGAAUGAGUUGUGUAAAAAGCUGCUAAAGUCUAGAAUGAAUGUAUAUUUUAAUUCUCAUAGUAUGAAACUGAUUUGUAGCGCUUUUAUUGUAAAACAUCAUCUCAAUAAUUAUGUCAUUAAUAUUCUGUACAAGUUUUAAUUUUCAGAAAGGAAGUUGAACAAAUCUUAAUGAAUGUAAUAACUUAUAGGUGUAUAUGUUUUUUUGUUUUGUUUUAAAUAAAUGUUGAAAUCAUGAGGUGAUGAG